AUGAAAGAAUCAAACAAUAAUUUGUUAGUCAUGAGUUGCAUAUCCGAUUAUAAUAAAAAUGGUAAAUUAGUUGAGAGUGAUGGAGAAAAAAAUGAUAGAGAUAUGGUAACAAGACAUUGUCAAAAAGGGAAACCAAACAUUUUUUCUUUUCUUAUGAAGAUCUUUAUUGUGAUUCAGAUAAUAUGGAUAUCUCAAUUUUCUUCUGGAAAUGACGGAAUCGUGAAUUAUGUAAAAUGUGAAAAUUCCCCAAAUUUGAAUAAUAAUGGAAUUAGAAGAAACCAUAGAAUAUUAAUGGGCAGUUUACUAAAAUCACCUUUAAGUUCUAAAUAUGAAACAUUAGAAAAAAAUGUAAUGGAACAAAUUGAUAAUAUUUAUAAAACUCAAAGUAAAAGUAUAUGGACUAAAAUAACAUCAUUUUUUAAAAAAAUCGAUUUACUUUUUGAAAGAGAAGUUAUAAGAAUUUUAAAAUAUAUAGAAAAAGAAAAAGAGAAACCAAUUAAAGAUGGUAUCAAGUUUUUUAAUAGCUUAAAAGUUUUUUUUAGUGGAUUAAAACUUUUUUCAGCACCAAUCUUAGCAGCAGCUAAUACAAUAUUAAUAUAUUAUUUUAAGCCACAAAUAAUAAGCUUAACCAUAGGAAUUGGAUUAAAUCUUUUGCCAAUAGUUACUGCUGCUUAUGUAAUUUAUAAAAUAUAUAAAGUUAAUUCUGAAAUGCAAAAAGGCAAAUUUAAAAAAUUUUUCUCUAAAUAA